AUGGAAGAUGAAGAAAACUCCAGUUUUCAGCCGGAAAAUCAAUCCGUCCACGGAGAAAAUAGCCUGCAAAUAGGAUUGGAAGAAGAGUCGUCUCAGCAAGAUAUGGAAAUCGAUUCAGAGGAAAUAUCAGAAGAGCGGACAGAAGAGUCUUCAGAAGAGCCAUCGAUGGAACCUUCAGAAGCACCGCCCGUCGAAUCUUCAGACUCAGCGGAAGCGAUAGAAAAGUCAAGAAUUCAGAAGGAAUCGUUCAUGGAAAUGUUCAAAAUCGCUCCAACGAUCAAGGACGUUCUUCCAGAUUUACGAGUUUUCAUGGAGCAUCCGGACGUUAUCGAUUGGGAUCGAAGAGAGGUUCAACAGAUAGUCGAACUGAAAAUACAGGAGGAAAAGGCGAGGAAAAAGGCGGAGAAAGCGUCGAGGAGAGAACAGGCGGAAAAGCAGCAACCCGUUGUGUUGGCUGAUCUUAUUCGAUCUGCAACCGGAAUCGAUGUGGCUGGAAUACUUCAAAAAAUACCGGGUGUUCAACAACCGCCUGUAGUUACGGCACCGCCUGUUAUGCCAGUUGUACAACCAGUACAACCAGCGUUCGUAGCACCCCCACCAACACUUUCUCUGAGCACGUCUACAAUCACUUCAGUCGGUCAUGGAAAAUGUGGAUUCGGCACGCCACAUCCCAAUGAAAUUCCAGCCGAAUUGAGAAAAGCGAAGCCCGAUAUGAUUGCGCCGAUUCCGGAUGAGUUGCGAGUCGUCCAAGGUGGUCGAGCCGAGAGAAAAGUCCCAGCGAUUCCGAAUGAGCUGCUUCCACCAGAACAACGAGUAUUCGAGUCACUUCCCCUUGUUUUCGUCCGUCCUCCAAUGCGAAAAACGCUGUUUUUGGCCGGUGCGAGAUGUGGAAAACGGAGUGAACGGUUGGAGGCUGCAGAGGCUGAAGAGGAGGAGAAAACGGGGAAAAAGAGGAAAAAGAAUAAGGGAGCUGAAGAGCAGUCGUUCCGCGGCGCCAACCGCCCAUUUGCCCCACCAGAAUCACAUCGUGGUCGUGGUGGAUUCUCGAAACCAUCCCGCAUUCCCGUAGUAUCCGGAAUGAAUGCACUACCCGCUGGACUCAACAAGAACUCUCCGUUAGCUGUGAAGAGAUAUCAUGCACGUCAUUUGGCGAAAGAAACUGGAAUGACGUUGGAAGAAGCGAUGGCUGAAAUCGAGGAGCAAUGUAAUGAAUUCGGAGGAGAAGACACGCCGGAAGCAAGGGAACACGAUGAGAAGGCGAUGGAAUUGAUAAAGAAACGAGGCGAUGAGAAGUGGAAUCAACGAUAUAAUUAUGUUCCGGUUGAUCAUUCGAAAGGAAUUCCGGGAGUUGAUAGACCACCGGGUGGGGGAUUGCCACCGCCACGUAAAGAACGAGAGCUCAGUGAGCCUAGUAGUAGUGGAAGUCCGAGAGAAGCCAUUCCAGGAGUCACUAAACCGCCGAUCGGUGCAAAACGAGAUCCAGUUCCAGGUGUUGAUAGACCACCGAUUGGAGCAAGAGUUGAUAGAGAACCGAUACCCGGAGUGGAUAGACCUCCGAUUGGAGGAGGAGGAAGAGAACCGAUUCCUGGUGUGGAUAGACCUCCUGGUGGACAUCGAUAUCAAGGAGAACCGUAUGACGGGGAGGGAGAUAGAGGAGGUCGAAGAGAAAGAAGAAGAGGAGGGGUUAAGGAGAGGGAAAAGAAGAGGAGAAGAGAAGAAGCAUUCCGUGGAGGACCACGAGGUCGUGGCGGAGAACGUGGACGAGGAGGUCGUGGCGGAUACGAUAGAUGGGAUGAGAGGGGAUACGGUGGUGGAGCACCGAAACAGGCGAGAUAUGAUGAUUAUGGCACCGACCGAGGAUAUCCGCGACCGUAUCAAGCUGUUGGUUAUGGAGGAUAUGAUGAUAGAAGAGGUUAUGAUGAUUAUUAUGGAAGACAAGACGGCUACGAAAACUACGACGGUCAACAUCAAUACGGAGAAGGUGGAUAUGAGCAUCAGGGUGGAGAAGGAGAGGGAUAUGCAUAUGAUCAACACGCAGCUGAAGCAUAUUAUCAGGGACAUGAAGGCCAAGACGCUACGUAUUAUCAAGAGGAUGGUAGUCAGUAUUAUAAUGAAUACUAUGGAACAGCUGAAGCAGGAGGCGGAGCAACUGGAGAAGGAGGCGCAGAAUAUCACGCGACAUUCGAUACGCCGUCGACGAGUCAUCCACCGCCGCCGCCACCGAAUUAA